AUGUCAACCAAAUUAGAAUCUAAUGCCAAUGAUAGCAAUGAAAAUGGUUGGGAUUUGGAUGACGAUGAUAAUUGGGAUGAUUGGGGUGAUGCUGAAGAAAAUCCCACAGAAGACAAGGUAGAGGAAACAAAAACAAAUAGUGGCAGUGAUCAGCUGCAACAGCAGCAGUGCAGUAAGAAAACAGUUGCGGAGAAUAAUAAUACUGCACCCAAAGUCCUGCAAAAAGGGGAUACAAACUGUAAUCAACCCCAACAACGGAGUCAGGAAACAGUCAAACAAACUUCCAGUGCAGGUGGCGGCGGUGGUGGUUGGGGUAGUUUGUUUGGUGGUGUCAUGUCCACGGUCCUUAGCACUGCCACCGAGUUGACAAGCACUGUGACCAAUAGCUUGGACAAGGUAAUUGGUGUCCCAGAUCCUGAGGAAAUGGCCCGCAUCAAUGCCUCGGAGGAGGCAAGACUUAAGUCACAACAACAACAGCAGCAACAACAAGUGAAACCAAAUGAUGAUGGCAAUGAAAAUGAUGAGGAGGAAAGAUCAAUUACCCCCAAUAAGGCUGUGCCUGUUUUUGGUUUAAAUCUGGUCAAUAAUGUAACAUCCCUGGGUAGUAAAGUUUUAAAUACCGGCCUAGAUACACUGGAGGGUAUUGGCAAGAAGACCAUGAAUAUCUUACAAGAAAAUGAUCCACUGCUGAAGAAUAAAAUCAAGAAAUUGGGAUUGGAAAAGGAGAAAUGUAAUUUGACAGAGAUCCUCAAGGAAGCCAAAAAAGAAACCGAACAGUUGGAGCAGUCCAUGAAGGAAUUAAAUUUGGAAAAAAUGAAAGCCCAGUUAAGAUUUGAGGUCUUAUUCGAGAACAAUUGUGGUCUGGUGCAUAUGGAAGCUUUGGAAAUACUCUCCAAGGAGUCGCAAUUGAAAAUCCAAACCCUUAAGGAAUCGGUUAGCGGUAAAGCUUUGGAAGAACUCUUGGAAACAUUGAAUGAGGUUAAGGAAUUAAUGGAAUUGGAAGAUUUAGAUGCGGAGCUGGAAACGGAAGAAUAUAGUGCAGAAGAACUGAGUGACAAAUUGAAGGAGGCCAUACAGGACACAGAACUGAAGAUAGGCUUUGAUGAAAUUACAAACUUAUGGUCCACAACCCUUACCUGGUUCGCAUCCGAAGAAUCCCACAGCGCCGAAGUACAACCAAUUUUCGCUAAAGCAGUUACCACCCUAGCCGAAACGUGUGCACUGGAAAUUUUAAAAUUACAUAAAAUUGCCGAAUUACUUCUGAUUCAGGAACAUCACAGUACAGCAAAUGAAGUGGAUGGCGUUGUCCAACUGUGUCGACAAUUUAAUAUACAUUUACAAGUGGUGGCAAAUCGUUUUGCCAGCCAUCUAAGUAAUCGGGAAUCGCCGCAAGAACAACAAGAGGAGGCCAAAACAAACAUAACCACAAUAUUUACCGAAAUGGUACAGGCCCGGCAACAAAUUGAAAAUGCCUUUAGACUAUUUUUACCCAUAAUACAAAUUGGUGCGGUUUAA